AGCCAAAGAGUAUGUAAUCACUAACAUCGAAUGUAAUAAAUUGUCAAAUCACAACGUUCAGUUAAUUAAUCAGAGAAGUAUAUUCCUUGCUUUAAUAUUACUCUCAACAGUUGUCCUCGUCAUCAUCAACGAAGAGAAAAAUAAGGUCAACAUUCAAGUUUCAACAAAACAAGUCCCAAAGAGUUUUAAUUUUACAACCGGCAAGGCAUACUUAAUUGAAUUUUAGAAAUGGCAGAAGUCGAGACUCCGAUGCCCGAGUACCAGCAGAGGCGAUGGCAUAACAUAAGGAAACUCUUAGAACGGUCUGGCCCUUUCUGCCACCCAGAUUUCGAACCUUCGGCAGAGAUAUUGGAUUUUUUAAUGAAUAGUUGCAAAGUUCUCAUUGUUGGGGCUGGCGGACUUGGCUGCGAGCUGCUUAAAGACUUAGCCCUAAUGGGUUUUAAGAAAAUACACAUAGUGGACAUGGAUACUAUAGAGCUGUCUAACCUUAAUAGGCAGUUCCUUUUCAGGAAGAAUGACAUUGGUUUGUCCAAAGCAAAGUGUGCAGUGGAGUUUGUGAAUAGGAGGGUCCCUGGCUGUGAGGCAGUGGCUCAUCACUGUCCUAUCCAAGACCUGGACGAAGGCUUCUACCGUCAGUUUCACAUAGUAGUGUGUGGACUGGACUCAAUUAUUGCCAGACGUUGGUUGAAUGGCAUGCUUAUGUCAUUGCUGCAGUAUAAUGAUGAUAGAAGCUUAGAUCAAAGCAGUGUAAUACCACUGGUGGAUGGUGGCACAGAGGGAUUUAAGGGAAACGCGAGGGUUAUUCUGCCGGGCAUGAGCGCUUGUAUUGAAUGCACACUAGACUUGUACCCUCCUCAGAAAACCUUCCCUCUGUGCACCAUUGCUAAUACUCCCAGAUUACCUGAACACUGUAUAGAGUAUGUCAAGGUAUUACAAUGGGAGAAAGAGAACCCAUGGGGCAGCGGCACGGUGCUUGACGGCGACGACCCUCAACACGUGGCCUGGGUGUAUGAGAAGGCACAAGAGAGAGCUAUGAAGUAUGGCAUCACUUCGGUCACAUACAGACUGACUCAGGGGGUAUUGAAAAAUAUCAUACCGGCAGUUGCUAGCACUAAUGCGGCUAUAGCAGCUACUUGUGCUACUGAGGUGUUCAAACUUGCAUCAUCAUGUUGUGUAAACAUGAAUAACUACAUGGUACUGAACAUGGCUGACGGAGUGUACACAUACACGUUCAACGCGGAGCGUCGCGCAGACUGCGUGGCCUGCAGCAACACCACCAGAGUCAUGGAGGUCGAGCACGACGCCACGCUACAAGCGAUAUACGACAAGCUGUGUGAAGAUACUACUUAUUUGAUGAAGAGGCCAGGUAUCACUACAGUUAUAAACGGUCGCAAUAAAACUCUCUACAUGGCAUCUAUAAAGAGCAUCGAAGAGAAGACCAGAGACAAUUUGAAAAAGAAAAUCACGGAAUUGGGUUUAUACAAUGGAGCUGAGAUACUGGUUGCGGACGUAACAACUCCUAAUACUGUGACGAUUAAAUUAAAAAUUUCCGAAAGAAUUGAUGUGGAUAUGUUGUAUAAAUAAGCAAAUGAAGUUAAAAGAAAAACAAUAGCAAUACUGUGUAUAAAUUAAAUAUUGGCUUUAUAUCAGACUUGAGUAUUGCCAAUCUCACAUGCAUAUACUUCAGUGUAAUAGUCAUGCUUAAAUUUUAUAAAAAAAAAAAACUAGAAAAAGGAAAUGUUUUCUUGGGGUUUUCCAUGGUUUUUCUCACUGUGAAAUAAUGCCCAUAAAGUUAAUGUGAUUUCUCUGAUUUAUGUAAAAAAAGGAAGAUAAACUGAAAAAUGACAAAGUA